AUGGCAUCCAAAAAGGCCUUACCCAUCAGCGGUACCAUGACGGUCAUGGUCAUCGUGGUUGUCCUUGUUCCAUCAGCACUGCUGCUGGAUCAGACAGUCGAGUUCAAGAAGACAUUCAUGAAGAAGUGUAAAGAGUUUCCAGAAGAAGAAGCGAUGUAAGUCUCUUUACACUGUCCAUUACAGAUUUGGCAUUUAAGGAGGCCUGAACAGGAUUGCGUCUAAACAAAUUUUUUUUUGCAGUUUUUUUAACGUAAAUCAUCUAACAUUUACUAAUCUUGGAUUUAAAAAAUAUGGAAGUAACUACUUGAUUAAUUUGUCUUUCAGCUGUGAGGCUAAAUUUGAGAUCUUUGUACGAGCCUAUGUGGGGAAGAAAGAAACAGAUGUCACUGAGGAUAGUUACAACGAACUCUUUGAUAACACACCCUUCAAGCAUCCAUGUGAAAAAGUAAGCUUCCUCCAUCACACAGCUCUUUACUGUGGAUUUUAAUGUGUAUGUCUAACAAUGUCAUGUUUACUCUUGUGGGGUUAGACCAUGUUCUGGAGCGGCACACAUGACCUGGCCACCAGGUUCACUAAGAAGAGAGACGAUUUUUUCAGCGUGGGGGACACUUUGUUGGGACACGUGUUGGACGGACUCUAUUGGUGUGGAAAGGAAGGCACUAAGGGUGAGAUUCAUCAUUUACAGUCAGUCCAGAGUCUGAAAAAUACAGUUUUGCCUCACUUAAAAUUACAAUGUUAUUGUCUUACAGUUUGUUAACAUAAAACAAUCAAAUCGUCUUUGUUUUCUUUCACAACCUGAAAAACAGGAGCAUUUUGUGAUAUCCGUCAGUCGGCUGAAUAACUUCUGUACAAGUUCUUCGAUCCAUAAUCUGUCACACAGAGAUCGACUGCAGUUUUAAUGGCAAGUAACUAUUAUUAAGAUAUGCUUUGUCAGUUUCUGCUUAUGUUUUUCUAGGAACCUUCAUCAACGAUUGCGUUGGUGAUGACCCGAACCCUGUCCUUUCGUUCUGGGUGAAGAUGUCUGUCAAGGUAAGAACACUGUAGAAAAAUCACCAAUCCAUCAUCCCUGGGGAGCAAAAUGGCACAUUUCAUUUUAACUGAGACACGGGCUGACAUGAGGAGGUGUGACCACAUGUGCUGUGAUAUGUUAACUCAGACUGGUGUAAAUAAUACAACUGUCCAACCCUUUACUGACAUGCUUUAUGUUUGUAGUUUGCAGAAUACACCUGCGAUGAUACCUAUGUGAUGCUGGAUGGUGAAACAGAGCAACCAUUCUUCCCGGGCACGUAAGCAGCUCUACAUUUGCUCUGAUGACAGUUUUAUAAAUGAUACCAGUGAAGAGAAACUCCCUCUACCUGUGCUGUUUCAUAUGUUCAAAUAUGUAUAAGACUGUUCUUCAUGGACAGUAAAAGCUCCUGAUUGAUGAUUUUGUAUAAUCCUUAAAGUUUGCUCCUCUGUCUUUUUGCUCAAAGUGCUUUCGAAGAAGAUGAGAUCCCCUAUCUUAAAUCUUCCACAGUGAAGAGCCUCACUGUUAUCCUGGUUGUGAAUGAGAAGACCGGGUAUGAUUUCACGAACUGACAUUGAUAAAUUUGUCUUAUAAAUGCAUGAAUACAUGUUAUGAACAGUGUUUCCACAGUUACUUUUAAAAAGUAAUUUGAUAACUGAUUACAGAUUAGUCCUUUAAAAUGUAUUUUAGUUACUUUACUGAUUACCUGAUUUGAAAAGUAACAAAGUUGGACAACAAGUUACUUUUUAAGUUAUAUUCAGCAGCCUGAACAUAUAAAUGACACUCUCUUUAUUGGAAGUGUAAUUUUCACAGGAAUGUCAAAAAUACCUGUUUAAAAGAAUAAUAAUAAAGAUAAUCUUUCUUGACUGAAAACAUAAACAUUUUUAUAUAUAAAGACAGUCUUUAUUGACUUAUAAAACACACUUUUUUAUUGUUAUCUGUAGCUGACACAAAGUAAAAAUAGUGGCUGUAUUUCCAGCUUAAGAACGCGCAUCUCUCUCCUCUCCUAUUGUUGUUUAUGUUUGUUUUGCCGCGGCUGCUUUCUGUGUGUACAUGUAUUACAAGUAAGUGGUCCUCGUACUGAAAACAUGACUUGUCACCUAUGUGACUUACGUCACUCUCCAAGACGGAAAUAAAUCUGUCUUUUUUUAAGGAAAAUGAGAAUAAAGUAACACACGCAGUGACUUAGACAUGUAACUUAAAUCUUAUAACUGGUUUGGAAAUAGCAACGUGUUAGAUUACUCGUUACUGAAAAAAGUGGACUUAUUAGAGUAGUGCAUUACUAAGUCAAGUCUAACUAGCAUCACUGACUAUGAAGCACUUUUUUAUUUGGGUGUUUUGUGCCUCUAAUGGGUAGAACAGAGAGGAAACAUGGGAGACAGAGAGAGGGGACAACAUGCAGCAAAACGUCAGGGCCAGAAUUCAGGCCCUCGGCUGCCGCAGGGACUAUGGUCCCCAUACAUGGGGUGUGCUAACCCGCUAGGCUAUCUAUUCAAACUGCAGUUAAUAUUUUAUAAAGAUAUUUUGUCAUCUCUUCAUGUCUCUGUUUUAGCACUAAGUGCAACAAUGAGUCCCUCAAAAACUUGAACAACAUCAUGAAAGGAAAAAACAUCGGCUACGCUUGCAAGGAGGUGACUAAGUAAGUAAACUGUCAACCAAAAUUGACUCUGUGCUCUUUUACGCUGUUAAAAAACAAACUUUCAUGUGUUUUGUUCAUUUCACAGAGCUCACAUUGAGAAGUGCAUAAAAGAAGGCAAAGGAAACAUCUUUGAAUAG